CGUCCCCGCCGCCAUCCCCGCCGCCAUCCCCGCCGCCAUCCCCGCAUCCCCGGUCGUCCCGCGGAGGAGGGUCCGGACAUGGCCGCGGUGUUUCCCUACCGCGGGGCGGGGAACCCGGUGCCCGGGCCCAUGGCGCCGCUGCCGGACUACAUGUCUGAGGAGAAGCUGCAGGAGAAAGCCCGGAAGUGGCAGCAGCUGCAGGCAAAACGCUAUGCAGAGAAGCGGAAAUUUGGGUUUGUGGAUGCUCAGAAGGAGGACAUGCCCCCCGAGCAUGUCAGGAAGAUCAUCCGUGACCAUGGAGACAUGACCAACAGGAAGUUCCGGCAUGACAAACGUGUCUAUCUGGGCGCGCUGAAGUACAUGCCUCACGCCGUGCUCAAGCUCCUGGAGAACAUGCCGAUGCCUUGGGAGCAGAUCCGGGAUGUGCCCGUCUUGUACCACAUCACCGGGGCCAUUUCCUUUGUCAAUGAGAUCCCUUGGGUUAUCGAGCCCGUCUACAUCUCCCAGUGGGGAUCCAUGUGGAUCAUGAUGCGAAGAGAGAAGAGAGAUCGAAGGCACUUCAAGCGGAUGCGAUUCCCCCCGUUCGAUGACGAGGAGCCGCCCCUGGAUUACGCCGACAACAUCCUGGACGUGGAGCCCCUGGAAGCCAUUCAGCUGGAGCUGGAUCCUGAGGAAGAUGCCCCCGUGCUGGAUUGGUUCUACGAUCACCAGCCCCUGAGAGACAGCAGGAAGUACGUGAAUGGAUCGACCUACCAACGCUGGCAGUUCACGCUGCCCAUGAUGUCCACCCUCUAUCGCCUGGCCAACCAGCUGCUGACGGACCUGGUGGACGACAACUACUUCUAUCUCUUUGACCUGAAGGCCUUCUUCACCUCCAAGGCCCUCAACAUGGCCAUCCCCGGUGGGCCUAAGUUUGAGCCGCUCGUCCGGGAUAUCAACCUGCAGGAUGAGGACUGGAACGAAUUCAACGACAUCAACAAGAUCAUCAUUCGUCAGCCAAUCAGGACCGAAUACAAGAUCGCUUUCCCCUACCUGUACAACAACCUGCCGCACCAUGUCCACCUCACCUGGUACCACACCCCAAAUGUGGUCUUCAUCAAAACCGAGGACCCCGACCUGCCAGCGUUCUACUUCGAUCCGCUCAUCAACCCCAUCUCACACAGACACUCCGUCAAGAGCCAGGAACCGUUGCCAGAUGACGACGAGGAGUUUGAGCUGCCGGACUUUGUGGAGCCCUUCCUGAAGGACACGCCCCUGUACACCGAUAACACCGCUAAUGGCAUAGCGCUGCUCUGGGCCCCCCGGCCUUUCAACCUACGCUCUGGCCGCACCCGCCGCGCCCUGGACAUCCCCCUGGUCAAGAACUGGUACCGGGAACACUGCCCUGCGGGGCAGCCCGUCAAGGUCAGGGUCUCCUACCAGAAGCUGCUCAAGUACUAUGUGCUGAAUGCUCUCAAGCAUCGGCCCCCCAAGGCCCAGAAGAAGAGGUACUUGUUCCGCUCUUUCAAGGCCACCAAGUUCUUCCAGUCGACGAAGCUGGACUGGGUGGAGGUGGGCCUGCAGGUGUGCCGGCAGGGCUACAACAUGCUCAACCUGCUCAUCCACCGUAAAAACCUCAACUACCUGCACUUGGACUACAACUUCAACCUGAAGCCCGUCAAGACCCUCACCACCAAGGAGAGAAAGAAGUCUCGUUUCGGGAAUGCCUUCCAUUUGUGCAGGGAGGUGCUGCGCCUGACCAAGCUGGUGGUGGAUAGCCACGUCCAGUACCGGCUGGGCAACGUGGAUGCCUUCCAGCUGGCAGACGGGCUGCAGUACAUCUUCGCUCACGUGGGGCAGUUGACGGGCAUGUACCGCUACAAGUACAAGCUGAUGAGGCAGAUCCGCAUGUGCAAGGACCUGAAGCAUCUGAUCUACUAUCGCUUCAACACGGGUCCGGUCGGCAAGGGCCCUGGAUGUGGCUUCUGGGCCCCCGGCUGGCGGGUCUGGCUGUUCUUCAUGCGGGGCAUCACCCCACUGCUGGAGCGCUGGCUGGGAAACCUGUUGGCCCGCCAGUUUGAAGGCCGCCACUCGAAGGGGGUGGCGAAAACGGUGACGAAGCAGCGCGUGGAGUCACACUUUGACCUGGAGCUGCGGGCGGCGGUGAUGCAUGACAUCCUGGACAUGAUGCCUGAGGGGAUCAAGCAGAACAAGGCGCGGACCAUCCUGCAGCACCUCAGUGAGGCCUGGCGCUGCUGGAAGGCCAACAUCCCUUGGAAGGUACCCGGGUUGCCAACCCCAAUCGAGAACAUGAUCCUGCGCUACGUGAAGGCCAAGGCCGACUGGUGGACCAACACGGCCCACUACAACCGGGAGCGGAUCCGCCGCGGAGCCACCGUGGACAAGACUGUCUGCAAGAAGAAUCUGGGCCGCCUCACCCGCUUGUACCUCAAGGCCGAGCAGGAGCGGCAGCACAACUACCUGAAGGACGGGCCCUACAUCACAGCCGAGGAGGCCGUGGCCGUGUACACCACCACCGUGCACUGGCUAGAGAGCCGCCGCUUCUCGCCCAUCCCCUUCCCUCCGCUUUCCUACAAGCACGACACCAAGCUGCUCAUUCUGGCCCUGGAGCGGCUCAAGGAGGCCUACAGUGUCAAGUCCCGCCUGAACCAGUCCCAGAGGGAGGAACUGGGCCUCAUCGAGCAGGCCUACGACAACCCCCACGAAGCUUUGUCCCGAAUCAAGCGACACCUGCUCACCCAGAGAGCCUUCAAGGAGGUGGGCAUUGAAUUCAUGGACCUGUACAGCCACCUGGUACCGGUGUACGACGUGGAGCCGCUGGAGAAGAUCACGGACGCAUAUCUGGACCAGUACCUGUGGUACGAGGCCGACAAGCGCCGGCUCUUCCCGCCCUGGAUCAAACCCGCUGACACGGAGCCUCCCCCGCUGCUGGUCUAUAAGUGGUGCCAAGGAAUCAACAACCUGCAAGACGUGUGGGAGACCAACGAGGGCGAGUGCAACGUGAUGCUGGAGUCACGCUUCGAGAAGAUGUACGAGAAGAUCGACUUGACCCUUCUCAAUCGGCUGCUGCGUCUCAUCGUGGACCACAACAUCGCCGACUACAUGACGGCCAAGAACAACGUCGUCAUCAACUACAAGGACAUGAACCACACCAACUCGUACGGGAUCAUCCGGGGCCUGCAGUUUGCCUCGUUCAUCGUCCAGUACUACGGGCUGGUGAUGGACCUUCUGGUGCUGGGGCUGCACCGGGCCAGCGAGAUGGCCGGGCCCCCCCAGAUGCCCAACGACUUCCUCAGCUUCCAGGACAUCGCCACCGAGGCCGCCCACCCCAUCCGCCUCUUCUGCCGAUACAUCGAUCGCAUCCACAUCUUCUUCAGGUUCACGGCGGACGAGGCCCGGGACCUGAUCCAGCGCUACCUGACGGAGCACCCGGACCCCAACAACGAGAACAUCGUGGGCUACAAUAACAAGAAGUGCUGGCCCCGUGACGCCCGCAUGCGCCUCAUGAAGCACGACGUCAACCUGGGCCGGGCCGUGUUCUGGGACAUCAAGAACCGGCUGCCGCGGUCGGUGACGACGGUGCAGUGGGAGAACAGCUUCGUGUCGGUGUACAGCAAGGACAACCCCAACCUGCUGUUCAACAUGUGUGGCUUCGAGUGCCGCAUCCUGCCCAAGUGCCGCACCAGCUACGAGGAGUUCACGCACAAGGACGGCGUCUGGAACCUGCAGAACGAGGUGACCAAGGAGAGGACAGCCCAGUGCUUCCUGCGGGUAGAUGACGAGUCGAUGCAGCGCUUCCAUAACCGGGUGCGCCAGAUUCUCAUGGCCUCCGGCUCCACCACCUUCACCAAGAUUGUGAACAAGUGGAAUACGGCCCUCAUCGGACUGAUGACGUACUUCCGGGAGGCAGUGGUGAACACCCAGGAGCUGCUGGACCUGCUGGUCAAGUGCGAGAACAAGAUCCAGACCCGGAUCAAGAUCGGGCUCAACUCCAAAAUGCCCAGCCGUUUCCCGCCGGUCGUCUUCUACACGCCCAAGGAGCUGGGCGGGCUGGGCAUGCUGUCGAUGGGCCACGUGCUCAUCCCCCAGUCCGACCUCAGGUGGUCGAAGCAGACCGACGUGGGCAUCACCCACUUCCGCUCGGGAAUGAGCCACGAGGAGGACCAGCUCAUCCCCAAUCUGUACCGUUACAUCCAGCCCUGGGAGAGCGAAUUCAUCGAUUCCCAGCGCGUCUGGGCCGAGUACGCUCUCAAGAGGCAGGAGGCCAUUGCCCAGAACAGGCGGCUGACCCUGGAGGACCUGGAGGACUCUUGGGACCGGGGCAUCCCCCGCAUCAACACCUUGUUCCAGAAGGACCGGCACACGCUGGCCUACGACAAGGGCUGGCGUGUCCGCACUGACUUCAAGCAGUACCAGGUCCUGAAACAGAACCCGUUCUGGUGGACCCACCAACGCCACGACGGCAAGCUCUGGAACCUGAAUAACUACCGCACGGACAUGAUCCAGGCCCUGGGGGGCGUGGAGGGCAUCCUGGAGCAUACUCUCUUCAAGGGCACCUACUUCCCCACCUGGGAGGGGCUUUUCUGGGAGAAAGCCAGCGGCUUUGAAGAGUCAAUGAAGUGGAAGAAACUGACCAACGCCCAGAGGUCGGGGUUGAACCAGAUCCCCAACCGUAGGUUCACCCUCUGGUGGUCCCCGACUAUCAACAGAGCCAACGUGUACGUAGGAUUCCAGGUGCAGCUGGACCUGACUGGCAUCUUCAUGCACGGCAAGAUCCCCACCCUGAAGAUCUCCCUCAUCCAGAUCUUCCGGGCCCAUUUGUGGCAGAAGAUCCACGAGAGCAUCGUCAUGGACCUGUGUCAGGUGUUUGACCAGGAGCUGGACGCUCUGGAGAUAGAGACCGUGCAGAAGGAGACGAUCCAUCCCCGCAAGUCGUACAAGAUGAACUCCUCCUGUGCCGACAUCCUGCUCUUCGCCUCUUACAAGUGGAACGUCUCCCGGCCUUCCCUGCUGGCCGACUCCAAGGAUGUCAUGGACAGCACGACCACCCAGAAGUACUGGAUCGACAUCCAGUUGCGCUGGGGGGACUACGACUCCCACGACAUAGAGCGCUAUGCCCGGGCCAAGUUCUUGGACUACACCACCGACAACAUGAGUAUCUACCCGUCCCCGACGGGCGUGCUCAUCGCCAUUGACCUGGCCUACAACCUGCACAGCGCUUAUGGCAACUGGUUCCCCGGAAGCAAGCCCCUGAUCCAGCAGGCCAUGGCCAAGAUCAUGAAGGCCAAUCCGGCGCUGUACGUGCUGAGGGAGCGGAUCCGCAAGGGGCUGCAGCUCUACUCCUCCGAGCCCACCGAGCCCUACCUGUCCUCCCAGAACUACGGGGAGCUCUUCUCCAACCAGAUCAUCUGGUUCGUGGACGACACCAACGUCUACAGGGUCACCAUCCACAAGACCUUCGAGGGGAACCUGACCACUAAGCCCAUCAAUGGAGCCAUCUUCAUCUUCAACCCCCGCACCGGGCAGCUCUUCCUCAAGAUCAUCCAUACGUCCGUGUGGGCCGGGCAGAAGCGUCUGGGGCAGCUGGCCAAGUGGAAGACUGCGGAGGAAGUGGCCGCCCUGAUCCGCUCCCUGCCCGUGGAGGAGCAGCCCAAGCAGAUCAUUGUCACCAGGAAGGGCAUGCUGGAUCCGCUCGAGGUGCACUUGCUGGACUUCCCCAACAUCGUGAUCAAAGGCUCGGAGCUGCAGCUGCCCUUCCAGGCCUGCCUGAAGGUGGAGAAGUUCGGAGACCUCAUCCUCAAGGCCACCGAGCCCCAGAUGGUUCUCUUCAACCUCUAUGACGACUGGCUCAAGACCAUUUCUUCCUACACGGCUUUCUCCCGCCUGAUUCUGAUCUUGCGGGCGCUGCAUGUGAACAACGACCGGGCCAAGGUGAUCCUGAAGCCGGACAAAACCACCAUCACAGAGCCGCACCACAUCUGGCCCACGCUGACCGACGAAGAAUGGAUCAAAGUGGAGGUGCAGCUCAAGGACCUGAUUCUGGCCGACUAUGGCAAGAAGAACAACGUGAACGUGGCGUCACUGACGCAGUCGGAAAUCCGCGACAUCAUCCUGGGCAUGGAGAUCUCGGCCCCAUCGCAGCAGCGGCAGCAGAUCGCCGAGAUCGAGAAGCAGACCAAGGAGCAGUCCCAACUGACGGCCACCCAGACCCGCACCGUCAACAAGCACGGCGACGAGAUCAUCACCUCCACCACCAGUAACUACGAGACCCAGACCUUCUCCUCCAAGACCGAGUGGAGGGUCAGGGCCAUCUCCGCCGCCAACCUCCACCUGCGAACCAACCACAUCUACGUCUCAUCGGACGACAUCAAGGAGACUGGCUACACCUACAUUUUGCCCAAGAACGUGCUCAAGAAGUUUAUCUGCAUCUCUGACCUGAGGGCCCAGAUCGCAGGGUACCUCUACGGGGUGAGCCCGCCCGACAACCCCCAGGUGAAGGAGAUCCGCUGCAUCGUCAUGGUGCCUCAGUGGGGCACCCACCAGACGGUCCAUCUGCCCGGCCAGCUGCCCCAACACGAGUACCUGAAGGAAAUGGAGCCCCUGGGCUGGAUCCACACCCAGCCCAAUGAGUCCCCCCAGCUGUCCCCCCAGGACGUGACCACCCAUGCCAAGGUCAUGGCCGACAACCCGUCCUGGGACGGGGAGAAGACCAUCAUCAUCACCUGCAGCUUCACCCCCGGCUCCUGCACGCUCACCGCCUACAAGCUGACUCCCAGCGGCUACGAGUGGGGCCGGCAGAACACGGACAAGGGCAACAACCCCAAGGGCUACCUGCCCUCCCACUACGAACGCGUGCAGAUGCUCCUGUCCGACCGCUUCCUCGGCUUCUUCAUGGUUCCUGCCCAGGCCUCCUGGAACUACAACUUCAUGGGCGUGCGUCACGACCCCAACAUGAAGUACGAACUGCAGCUGGCCAACCCCAAGGAGUUUUACCACGAGGUGCACCGGCCCUCCCACUUCCUCAACUUCGCCCUGCUGCAGGAGGGGGAGGUGUACUCGGCCGACCGCGAGGACCUGUACGCCUAGCAGUGGCACGCCCCGGCAAGCCGCCCGCCCCCACGGACUCUGCCGCUGGUGAUAUUCAGCAGCGUCGGCCCAUCCCGUCCCCGUUCUCCGUGUUCGUCUUUUUCUGUCUUGUUGCCCCGGGCCCGUUGUCUGGAGAACAGCGUGACAAUAAAUUUUGUAUAAAUG